UCAUCUCAAAGCCCAGCUUUGAGCCAGGGUGGCGGGGUCUUCAACCCUGCCACCCGCAUGGAAGGUGGGAGCUGGGCUCCCAGAAGGUGGCCGUGCCUGCCUGGGAUCACGCUGCUGGCCUUGGCCUCUCUGCUCAGCUGCCUUCUCACCUCCGGCCAGGCCAAGGUCUACAGUCGCUGUGAGCUGGCCAGAGUGCUGCAGGAUUUCGGCCUGGAUGGAUUCCGGGGAUACAGCCUGGCAGACUGGGUCUGUCUUGCUUACUUCGCAAGUGGCUUCAACACAGCUGCCGUGGACCACGAAGCCGAUGGAAGUACCAACAACGGCAUCUUCCAGAUCAACAGCCGGAAGUGGUGCAAAAAUCUCAAACCCAAUGUCCCAAACAUGUGCCAGAUGUACUGCUCCGACUUGUUGAAUCCUAACCUCAAGGAUACUGUUAUCUGUGCCAUGAAGAUAAUUCAAGAUCCCCAGGGUCUGGGCACCUGGGAGGUCUGGAGGCAUCACUGCCAGGGCAAGGACCUCAGUGACUGGGUGGAUGGCUGUGAAUUGUAGGAUUCUCUCUGGAUGGACAGGCCAUGCAUAGCAGCUU